AGUAUGUAGACCAGCAACAAGUCCAGCUUUUACGGUUUCAACAGAGGUUUCCUGCUGGCUGGUGUGUGGUGAGUCCCGGAAACCUCAGUGCCCGCAGACUUCCCUUUGUGGGGAGCCCGCCCAAACUCCAUCCUUUGCUGGUGGCCACGCCCCACAGUGGGAAGGAGGGACUGAAAAGCAUUUCCUUGAGGCUGGCACACCUUGCCCUAACCAAACCGGUCAUUUCUUUCUUUUUUCCUGGCUGGACCAGUUCCAUCUGAAUCCCGAGUGACCCGAGGAGGGACACGAUGAAUCCUUGCUGGAAGAGGAAGCUGUAACUAUCGCCUUUGAAGAACACCUUUACAUUCUCAUUAAUUCUCACUAGAGUCCUCUGAGAGCGACUAAAUCCUUGGGAAUUAUUCUCAGCCAUGCUCUGUGCAUUCUCUGUGGGUCAAGCAUAGAAGUGGACAGCUGUCUGGCAAUGGGAGAUGAGAAGGGCAUGACACGAAAGCUACUGGAAUGCAGUCUCAGUGACAAAUUGUGUGUUGUCCAGGAGCAUCAGUAUGAAAUCAUCAUCAUCCCAACCCUCCUGGUUGGCGUGUUCCUCAUCCUUCUUGGGGUCAUCCUGUGGCUUUUUAUCAGAGAACAAAGAGCUCAACAACAGUCUUCUGGACUCCGAGGCAUUGCCCCCAUGCCUCCAUCAAGAAGCCUAAGCUGGGAAGCAGCAGGACAUGGAGAAAGUGUGUUUGUGCCACUUAAGGAGACAUCGUUGGAAAGCCUUCUACAAACUACCACACAUGCCCUAACUAAGCUGCAAGUGCCCCGGGAGCAACUCUCUGAUAUUCUGGAGAAGAUCUACAAUGGUAGUUAUGCAACCAUCUAUCGAACCAAGAUGUACACUGGGGACCCUGCUAAGCCCAAGAGUGUUGUCCUCAAGGCUUUAAAAGAACCAGCUGGCCUCCAAGAGGUGCAGGAUUUCUUAGGGCGAAUCCAAUUCUAUCAGUACCUGGGGAAGCACAAGAACCUGGUACAGCUGGAAGGGUGCUGCACAGAAGAACUGCCACUCUAUAUGGUAUUGGAGGAUGUGGCCCAAGGGGACCUGCUCAGCUUUCUCUGGACCUGUCGCCGGGAUGUGAUGACCAUGGAGGGCCUUCUUUAUGAUCUCACAGAAAAACAAGUAUAUUACAUUGGGAAACAGGUCCUUUCAGCUUUGGCAUUUCUCCAGGAUAAGCAACUGUUCCAUGGGGAUGUGGCAGCCAGGAAUAUCCUGAUCCAAUGUGAUCUUACUGCUAAGCUCUGUGGGCUGGGCCUGGCUUAUGAAGUCUACACUCAAGGGGCCCUCUCUUCUACUCACACUGUACCUCUCAAGUGGCUCGCCCCAGAACGGCUUCUGCUGAGACCAGCUGACAUCAGAGGAGACAUCUGGUCCUUUGGAAUCCUGCUCUAUGAGAUGGUAACUCUAGGGGCACCACCAUAUCCUGAAGUCCCUCCUACCAACAUUCUACAGCAUCUACAAAGAAGGAAGAUCAUGAAGAGACCCAGUAGUUGCACACACACUAUGUAUAGUCUUAUGAAGUCCUGCUGGCGCUGGAGUGAGGACAGCCGUCCCUCACUUAGAGAGCUAGACUCACGCCUCGAAACUGCUGCUCGAACUGCAGAUGACAAGGCUGUGUUGCAAGUACCAGAGUUGGUAGUGCCUGAACUGUAUGCAGCUGUAGCAGGCAUCAGUGUGGAGAGCCUCUCCUACAGCUACAGCAUCCUUUGAAGAUCCCAGGACAAGAAACAUUUAUGAGUGAUCGUAAACUCUUGGAACCAAUUCCUCCAAGAGCAGAGAAUAGACUUUCUAGUGGGACAUAAAGAGAGAAAUGGGACAUGGAUCUUGGAUCUUCCCCUACAUAUUCCCUAGAUACCUGAAAUGAUGCUGGAUGAGGCUCUACAUACCAUAUGACCUUGAGACUGAGAAAUACAGUUUCAUUUCUGCUGUACCAAUCCUAAAGACCCAGGGUAGAAAUGGUGGGUAAUGUCAUUGCAAAGGAGGUUUUAGAAAUCUGCAGUAUUUGUUGAAGCAUGGCACAAAUAAGCAGGUCCCUCCAACCACAGGCUAGCUUCCUCCUGAAGCAUGCUUUUAUCUCAACUAUUAGAAGGUCCAGAGAAAUUGGAAUCAAAUGAGGGAAUAGAAAGCCAGUAAAGAAGUUGAUGAAAAAGUAAAUUAAAGGUUUUAUUUGCUAAGGAGUAUAGAUGUGGACCAAGUUCAUCCUUCAAAAAGAAAGAGGAGGAAGUACAUAAACUUCUUCAGUUCUGGUCUCUUCAUGCAGGGCUGGAGGAGAAUAAUGAAGGAAUACUUCUGAGUUUUCUAUUGGCUAUAGAUAAGAGAAAGAUGGUCCCUUUUAUCUAAUUCUGAGAGAGUGGUACCCUGUUGGUACUACUUUUAACUAGAAGCUGGAGGGGUCAGUUCAUGAUAAAGAACAUUCAAUAUGUAUUGUUCAUUGGCUAGCUUCCUGGUCUCCAUAAGACUAUGGAAACUGAGCCUAAGAGUCAGUUUGGUCAGUGAUGAAUAUACUAUGUGUGUAUUUAAUAAAUAGGAACUGUGGAAACCAAGCAAGAAUGCUUAGUAAGCCAGAAUGUCUUUAACAAGGGCUAAAAAAGGAUACAUACUGAGAUGGAAAGAUGGUAGCUUCUGAUUUUCAAUUAUGUACUGAUGUACUGUGAAACAUUUCAUUAAAUUAAUAUUUAUUGAGUGAAAGUAGGCUUUUUUAGUAUACGGCUGCCAAAAUCUCUACAAUAGAGAGGAUAAAAAUAAUUAAAUGGAAAUUAAUGUCAAUAGAAAAAUUCAAGAGACAAUCUACAUUGUCACAAAAGGGAUUCCUCAUGUGUAAAAUGGGGAUAAUAUCUACCUCACAGGGUUGUUGUGAGGAUUGAAUGAGAGUAUGUCUUUGUACAGUAUUUGGCACAUAUUAUGUGCUCAAUAAAUGUCAGUUUCCUUUCUUUUCCCCUUCCUAUCCUAGAAGCUUUCAUAUCUUUUUAAUUUAAAAUCUACUAUGGCCAAGAAGAGAAGCUCAGUCUGUCAGUCACACUGCAAAGCAGACAUGGCUAGAGAUGAUGGUGUGGUGCAAGUACCACAUGACUAAAAUGAUAAAGUCAUCAUUUUUGUGUGAGCUUCUGGAUGAUGACAGUGGUCUCCUACUAUUUCAAAAUACUGAAAUAUCAUGAUGAUGACAAUUCAGUAGAAUGUGUGAUCUGUGAUAUUAAAGAAUACUCUGGGAGGGACAUUUACGGCUGCUGUAGGAAAGAUGACUGGCAAUUAAAGUUUUGUAGAAGUCAGAUUCCUGAUGGAGUCGUGAUGAGUCAUCCAACUGAACAAUGAUCCUUGCACUGAGGGAAUACCAUAAGGACCAAUCAGGAUUUAAAUGGGUGGUAAGCGGCAGUAGGGAGGAGGGAGGUGGAGUGGCUUGGCACAAAAUGAUAAAGUCCUGUGGAAUUUCAUUGUUGCUUCUUGGCUGUUCAUUGAAGUCAAAUUUAUAAAAUAUUUAUUUAUUCAACUAUUUUUUAAAAGUUGUGUGUUAAGGCCAUCUGUGCCAGACACUGUGUAGGUGUUAGAUAACAGAAACAGCUUUUGAUUACAGUCUAGAAAGUAAGAGAUUAUAUACAUAUUUGUGUGGGUAUUUGUUAAUCACAAAUUGUGGUAAGGGCUAUGAAGGAAAAGUAGAGGACAGUAGAAGGGAGUAUAAAGUGAGGCCCACCCUGAAGAAAUGGCAUUAAAGCUGAGACCUUAGAGAUGGGUAAGAAGGCCUCACAAAGAGUGAGGAGAAGAGCCUUCCAGGAGAAGGACUGUGUGUGUGAAAACUCUGAGGCAAGAAAAAAGCAUAGUUUAUUUGAAGAACAGCAAGGAGGUAGGUGGGGUGGGGGCAGAGUAGGAGGAAAGUGACGCAUAAUGAAACAGAGCAUUGCUCUUCCAUACUAUGUGUUAACAUUAGUUUUGGUAGGUGGGGAAGAAGCAGACAUUUGCUAUUUUAAAUUUUUACCAUAAUUUUGUUUUUCUGGAUAUAGCUCUGGAAAACUGAAUACAGUAAUCAUUUAUUCUAAGAAAACUCAGUCUUUUCCCUCACGUGGCCAGGGUUUUUCCAAAAGGUGGAUUAUAUUUCUGGUAUCUUUGAUUUAUCAGCUAAACUCGAUAUUUCCAAGCUAAUGAAUGGAAAAGAGAAUUGAAAUAUUUACCAUUUAAUCAUGUUGAAUCCCGAUUAGGAUUUGCUUUAUUGCUUUGAUUUCCCCCUCCCCCAAUCUUGUUUUUCCAAUGUAUUUGUUUUCUUAAAAAAAAAUUCCCGCACAGCUGGGAACUGAGCAAAUACCCACCUGGAUACAGUGUCCAGUUGAAACUUGACAAUGUAGUUUAACUUAGAAUAGUGUGAACUAGUAGUUUUCAAAUCAUACUUAUACAGAACAGUGUUUUUCAUGCUAGAUUUAGGUAUUUUGUUGUUAAAAUUGAAUAAUACAGAUUUUUUCACCAUUUUUAAAGAAAAAGUAAGUUAAUGGGUAGAAUUUUCUUAAUCUUAACCUUGCUGUAAUAGUUUUUAUGAAAUUUUUGCUUUACUAUAAGUUAUUAAAACAAAUAAAUAGGUAGCAAAUACAUUGGAAGACUGGGAGGAUAGCUUAUUAUGCUUAAUUUAGUGGACUGUUUUUAUUUGUUUUGGACAUAAAUAUUAGUGUUUAUGCUAUUUGUUAGAAGCAUAUAAUAUUGUCAUAUGCUUGAAAAGAUUAUUAGUUUGAAUAAUGGAAUUAAAUAUGUCAUCAUGUCAUAAUAAUCUAGCAAUAGCUCCAAGUGCUCACCAUAUAUGAACAUAUCUGAGAGAUAAUGGUGUGGAAAUUUUGGUGUUUCUGCAUGAUGGUGGUUCUCUUAUUAAAAAAGUAAUGCCACUGACUGGUUAAAAAGACAUGUACAGUUAAAAACUCCAUAGAAAAAUCUAUUAUAGAAGAGAGGAGAGAAAGCUGGGUGGAUGGAAUAAAGACUGAAAUAGACCAUUUCAUUCUGACAUUUAAAAAAAUUUUAAAUUACCUUAGAAUGUUGUUUUAGACCAUAAAAUACUCUUGAUUUACUACUCUGAUCCAUUUAAUGGAACAAGAUAGACCUCACAGCUUUUGUUCUGUAAAUACAAAAUCAAAACUAUUCAAAAGCUACUGAUAAAAGAAUGAAAACAAAAAAAUAUCUUCUCUAGUGUUUAUCACAGGAAAGUCAGAACAUUUUUCUGAAAAUUAUAAUUAAAAUUAUUUGAUAAUUUUAAAUAGACAAAGGCAAAAAAAUAGAACAGCCAUGAGAGAUCAAAGGAAGAGAGAAUUUUAGACACAGGAAAAAUCAGCAGAACAUUUUAAAGGAUGAAGUUAACAAUUAUAAGAAAGAAUCAUCUCUGACCCUAGCCCUCUGACUUGAUUAUCACCAUGAAGCUGAAAGCAAUAAACUUUUAAAAACUCUAGUGGGGAACCAUUAUUUUGUCAAUGAAUAUUAUGUACUUGAUUAAAUCACUAAGCCCUAA